GGCAGACUUCUGUUUCCUGGUUCAGGGGUCACCUUUCCCGGAAGCACGUGAUUAAACGGGGAGGAAAAGAAAACAGUGGGUCUCACAUGUGCGAGCGUCAACCAUUGCGUGCUCCUAUAAAAAACUAAAAAUACUGUGCUCCACAUGUUGCUAAGGUUGGUUAUAAAGUCAUAGUUUUCUCUUAGGAAUUUGGUUUAGCUGGUAGUUGAAAAACAUGGAGGACAUGAACGUUAUCAAGCUACCGGUGACGGAGGAGAGAAGACCGGCCAAGAAGAGAGCACGACCGCCGAAGUUUGACCCAGAAGAAGAAGAAAAAAAACGGCAGAAAAACGUGAAGAGUCUGGCGGUGCUGGGAGAGAAGGACAGCUCGGUGAAACUGCUGGAGGAGCUGGUGUUCGGAGCGGAGGACGAGCUGGUGGAGAGACUCGUGGAGCAGGGGGAUGAGGAGCCGACUGAAACUCUGUUGGUGGAGGACAAAGACGAGGAGUCCGCUGAAUCCGAAGACGAGGACGAGGCUCGUGUGCAGCUCCAGCCGACCAGAAAGGCCGCCUGGGUGGACGAGGAUGACGAGCUGGAGGAAGUGGUGGACAUGAAGCACCGUUACCGCAGAGACCUGAUCCGGGGCGAGGCCGAGUCCACCAUGUCCAAACAGAAACUACGGCAGAGGAUGAGGGAGCAGUUUCAGAAGUCGAUGGGAGGAACUCCGUCCUGGGCAGAGAGCAGCGUCAAGAGGAGGACAGCUGCCGAUGAUGACGAUGAGGAGGAGGAGGAGGAGGACGACCUGCUGAGGAGGACGGGGAACUUUGUGGCGUCUUCAGACAGUCUGCCCAGCGGCGUCCUGAGGAUGAAGAAGUGUCUUCACGCCAACAGCGCUCGUCCGUCAGAGGACAGACUGACCACCGUCCAGUUCCACCCCUCCGCUCAGGUGGUCAUGACGGCCGGCCUCGACCAAUCGGUCUCCCUCUUUCAGGUGGACGGGAAGACGAACCCGAAGAUCCAGAGCAUCCACCUGGAGCAGUUCCCGGUCCACACAGCUCGGUUCAGCCGGGACGGGGAGACGGUGAUCGCCACCGGCCUGAAGAACAAGAUGUUCUACCUGUACGACAUGAUGGAGGGCCGCGUCACACCUGUUCACACUGUCAGAGGUCUGAAUGAAGCCAGAGUGAAGGAGUUCUCGGUCUGUCCUGAAGGAGGCGCUCUGCUGCUCACCGGGACCAACGGAUACCUGCACCUGCUCACGCUCAAGACCAAGGAGGUGGUUCGCAGUAUGAAGAUUAACGGUAACGUCAGCGGAGUCGCCUUCUCCCACGACGGCGCCAAAGUCUUUGUCAACUCAGAGGAGGGGGAGGUGUAUGUGUGGGACAUGCGCAGCAGUCGGUGUGUUAACAGGUUUACAGAUGACGGCUGUGUGAAGGGGACGUCCAUCGCCGCCUCGCGUAACGGACAGUACCUGGCCUGCGGCUCUCAGUCGGGCGUGGUCAACGUCUACUCUCAGGAGGCGUGUCUCAACUCGGCCAAUCCCAAGCCUCUGAAAGCGGUGAUGAACCUGCUGACCACGGCGACCUCCCUGACCUUUAACCCCACCUCUGAGAUCCUGGCCAUCGCCUCCAGAGCUGAGGACGAGGCCAUACGGCUGGUCCACCUGCCCAGCCUCAGCGUCUUCUCCAACUUCCCCGUGUCGAAGAGGAAGAUCGUUUAUCGAGCCAGCUGCCUCGACUUCUCCCCACACAGCGGCUUCUUCUCAUUGGCUAACAACAAAGGACAGGCCCCGCUCUUCAGGCUGCUGCACUACAAAGACUUCUGAAGGAGGAACUCUGGCCGACCGGAAAUCUGUUCUAGCCCAUGGUUAGAAACGCUGAGCUGAAACUCCUGCAGAGACUUUUCCAAAUGAUCGAAUCUCGGCCAGGAACGAACUAAAUCUACAAACGGGGGAAAAAGCAUCGAUGGGAACCGGACAGUCAACAGGGCUGAAACAUGAAAAAUCCCUGUGGAGUUCGGCCCGGACGCUGAAGAUGGACGCACCGAUGGGACUGAGAGGUGGUUUCCACAUAAACCCUGUUUUUUAUCAUUUGUAUGAGGUGAUUGUAUAAAAGAACUAAACCAGUU